CUAAUAAAAUGUUUGUACAAGAUUAUACAACAACAAAAGAUAUUCUUAAUACUGCACAGGAAAUUGCCUGGUAUCUUGAAUUUGCAGUAACAAUUAAAAGUAGUGGCCCUCGUCAUUUUCAUCUUCAAUACAAAUGUGGUGGCCAACCUCGUAAUACUUCAAAUCUGACAGAAGAAACAUGUAAAAGAAAGAGAAUAAGUAAACGUUGCAGAUACCCAUUUCUUUUAAAAGCAGUUUUAAAAAAUUUUAAAUGGCAUAUUAAUGAAAUAACAGACAAGCACAAUCAUUCUAUAGUUAAGGAUGAGAGAAUUUUUCAUGAAUAUCAUCAAUUAACACGAGAAACAAGAAAUACGGCUAUCCGAAUGUUAAAAGCAGGGGCAAAACCUAGUAUGAUCUAUGAAGCUGUUAGGGACGAAGAUGGAAAACUAACUGCAACUAGAAAAGACAUAGCUAAUUUAAGCUUAUGA